UUGAAUUUAAUCAAAAUGAUUCUGCAUCAUCCCUUUGAAUUCGAAAUCUCGAGAUACCCUGAAUUUUUUUUACGAGCUUUGCAACGUCGUUUUGAAUUCACCAUUUGAUGAUUUACCGCACGGAAAGAGAGAAAACAGAGCGUUUGUCGUCUUUCACGUCUCCACUCACUGGGUGCCCCCCAGUUCCUCUUUUCCUAGUCUCUCCUCCUACAGUUGUGUCGCAACUGUGUCUGUUUUCUUCGUCUUCUUCGUUCCAGCUUCUUGCCUGCAAGUCGACAAAGACCCUCCGUCGUUGAUAUUGCAGGGCCAGGAGCUUCCGACAAGGGGAUAAAAAAUGGCAAAGCUGGUGGUGGAGGUCCUUGAUGCGAGCGAUCUCGCGCCCAAAGAUGGGAAAGGCUCGGCCGAUCCGUAUGUGGAAGUAGAAUUCGAUGACCAGCUUCAGAGGACUCGGACCAAGCCAAGAGACCUCGACCCCGAGUGGAAUGAGAAGCUUCUCUUCAAUGUGACCAGCCCCGCACAGCUUCCCCGCACCACCAUUGAGGUCGCGGUGUACAAUGACAAGAGAGGCGACGGCGGGGGCCGCCACAAGCACUUCCUGGGCCGGGUCAGGAUCUCCGGGGACUCCGUCCCAUGGUCCGAGUCGCUGGCGUUUGUCCAGAGGUACCCGCUCGACAAGCCGGGCCUCUUUUCGCACGUCAGGGGCGACUUGGCACUCAGGGUCUAUGCGACUCAGGGCUUUUCAGAUCCGUUCACGGCAAAUGGCGCAGCUUUCGAAGAUGCAGUCUCUCCCCUGCAAGAGGUGAACACCAACAAUGUGGAGGGUGAUCAGGAUUUGGGUGACAAGCAAAAGGAGAAGAAGAAGAAGGAGAAAGAGUCGAGGACAUUUUAUUCCAUUGGGAAUGCCACAGGUGGCCCUGCCAAUCCCCCUCCUAUGGCCUCAGGAUUUGCCUUUCAGUCACAUCAGAUGAAGGAAAAGGCGCCAUCCACCGUGCAAAUGAGGGCUGAUUUUGCCAGAGCAUCAGCAGCUCCGGCAACUGCGAUGCACAUGCAGGUGCCGAGGCAGAACCCAGAGUUCGAGCUGGUGGAGACCCGGCCUCCGGUCGCCGCCCGGAUGCGAUACAGACGAGGGGAUAAGACGGCGAGUACUUAUGACCUGGUAGAGCAGAUGCAUUAUCUGUAUGUGAGUGUAGUUAGGGCCAAGGACCUUCCUGCCAUGGAUGUUUCGGGGAGCCUUGACCCAUAUGUGGAGGUGAAGCUAGGGAACUACAAAGGGGUGACCAAGCACUUGGAGAAGAACCAAAACCCAGUGUGGAAACAGAUUUUCGCCUUCUCGAAGGAGCGGAUGCAGUCGAACUUCCUGGAAAUCACUGUAAAGGACAAGGAUGUCGGGAAGGAUGAUUUCGUGGGGAGGGUUGUCUUCGACACUCAGGAAGUGCCGCUUCGAGUGCCGCCCGAUAGCCCGUUGGCGCCUCAGUGGUACAAACUGGAGACCAAGAAAGGAGAGAAGGGCAAAGGAGAGAUCAUGCUCGCGGUUUGGAUGGGGACGCAGGCCGAUGAGUCGUUUCCUGAAGCGUGGCACUCCGAUGCCCACAACGUGAGCCAUGUAAACCUCUCCAACACCAGAUCGAAGGUCUAUUUCUCGCCGAACCUGUACUACCUCCGAGUCCACAUCAUUGGGGCUCAGGACCUCGUACCCUCUGACAAAGGCCGCGCGCCGGACUCGUAUGUGAAGGUGCAGCUUGGGAAUCAGCUCCGCAUCACUAGGCCUUCCCUGAUGAAGACCAUCAAUCCGGUCUGGAACGAGGAGCUAAUGUUUGUCGCGUCCGAGCCUUUCGAGGAUUAUAUCAUUGUCUCAGUUGACGACAGAGUGGGACCUGGAAAGGACGAGACGCUGGGGAGGCUGCUAAUUCGGGUUAGAAACGUUCCUCAGAGGAUAGAUUCUGCGAAGCUCCAGCACAGUUGGUUCAACCUUCUCCCACCAUCCAAGGCUGAGGAGGGGGAGAAGAAGAAGGAAGUAAAGUUUUCGAGCAAGAUCUGCCUCCAGUUAUCCCUGGAUUCGGGGUACCAUGUCCUCGACGAAUCGACACAUUUCAGCAGCAAUCUUCAGCCAUCGUCGAAGCAUCUGAGAAAGCCGAGCAUCGGCAUUCUUGAGCUUGGGAUACUGAGUGCCAAGAAUUUGCUCCCCAUGAAGGGAAAGGAUGGUAAGGCCACCGACGCCUAUUGCGUGGUCAAGUAUGGGAACAAAUGGGUUAGAACCCGAACGCUCCUCGGCACACUGGCUCCGAGGUGGAAUGAGCAGUACACAUGGGAAGUAUACGAUCCGUGCACCGUGAUUACCAUCGGCGUCUUCGACAACUGCCACAUCAACGGAAAAGAUGAAGCGAAAGACCAGAGAAUUGGGAAGGUAAGAAUCCGACUCUCCACUCUGGAGACCGACCGGAUAUACACCCAUUACUAUCCCCUCCUGGUCCUCCAACCCUCCGGCGUAAGGAAACACGGAGAGCUUCAAUUGGCGCUGCGAUUCACUUGCACGGCUUGGAUCAACAUGGUGACUCAGUAUGGCAAGCCAUUGCUUCCCAAAAUGCAUUACACGCAGCCGAUACCCGUCAGGCACAUCGAUUGGCUCCGCCACCAAGCAAUGGAGAUCGUGGCGGCGAGGCUGUCGCGAGCCGAGCCACCUCUUAGGAGGGAGGUCGUCGAAUACAUGCUGGAUGUGGACUACCACAUGUUUAGUCUAAGGAGGAGCAAGGCCAAUUUUCACCGCAUAAUGUUGCUUCUUUCCGGGAUAACAGCAAUGUGCCGAUGGUACAAUCAAAUAUGCUACUGGAGAAAUCCGAUCACUACCUGCCUUGUCCACGUGCUUUUCUCGAUACUGGUUUGCUACCCAGAGCUGAUCUUGCCCACCAUUUUUCUUUAUCUCUUCGUUGUCGGUAUGUGGAACUACCGGUUCAGGCCAAGGCACCCGCCGUACAUGGAUGUUCGGCUUUCGCAGGCAGAGUUUACUCAUCCAGAUGAGCUGGACGAGGAAUUCGAUACUUAUCCAACAAGAAAACCAGCGGAUAUUGUGAGGACGAGGUAUGAACGCAUCAGGAUUAUCGCAGGAAGAGUGCAGACAGUGGUAGGAGAUUUAGCGACGCAAGGAGAAAGAGCUCUGGCCUUACUGAGCUGGCGGGAUCCGAGAGCGACGGCUAUAGUACUCAUUUUCUCGCUGAUCUCGGCGGUUGUCCUAUAUGUUACGCCAUUUCAGGUAGUGGCCAUGCUGGUGGGGCUCUACUCGCUAAGACAUCCCCGUUUCAGGACCAAGCUGCCCUCCGUGCCAGUGAAUUUCUUCAAGAGAUUGCCUGCCAAGUCCGAUAUGCUUCUAUGAGAUCAAGAUUGCUUGUGGUUCACUUCCUCUUAGUCGUUACUUUGUAAUUUGGAAGUGAUCGAGUGAAUAAACCCUGUAUUAACAGCACUUGAGGAGGAGGGAAGAACAGUGUACCCCACUUCACAAGAGUAACUUAUCAUAUGCAUCAUAUUUCUCCUUCGACAUGGUAAUUUCAUCUCGUGCAUAUCUUAGCUUUUUCCUUGAAUUGAGAGGGUUUUCGUACUUUUUCAGAUCAGCGUUAACAGAGGCCCCGGCAAUAGAUCUCAUGUUUCAGUUCUAAGAAUGAAUUUAUGGAUGUUUUUUCGCAUACGGUUGUCUGGCUGAGAAGGAACCAAUGAUAAGCCAAAAAAAGGGACACCUGAUGUAACAUUAAUACAAACAUAGCAAGUCAUCGUUAAUAAGAUUCACCAUCGUGUGUCAAGCUCAAUCUCUUACGAGAACCCUAAACUGCAAAAUCUGCAAUGGACA